GUCAUACUGGGACCAACUAUCAAGUCGUAUUCAACUUAUCCUUCCCUUUAGUGAAUUUGCUUUCAGAGAAGGACCAAAUUGCCGGGAUGCCAGCCAAACGUGGACUUAUCACAGACACCUUUAAGGUGGUGAAGAAGGUGAGAGUAGCGGACAGGAAGGCGAAAGACCCUUCGCCCCCCAGAGAUGACCCAGAGCCAGCCUUGUCAGAGCGAGAGAGGGAUCUGCAAGAGCUAAAAAAGUUCGAUCUUGACUGCCGUUUUGGACCAUGCACAGGUAUCAGUCGGCUGCAGAGAUGGGAGAGAGCAGCACAGCACGGAUUGAACCCCCCACAGGAAAUCAGAGACCUACUGCUGAGGCAGGAUAGUGACCCAGACUACACACAGUGCCUGUGGCGUGACUACCCACUGUGAACAGUGAUGGGACAGAGUGAAGACAAUUGGGAUGAAUGUUCAUAGCUGACUUGUGGCUGUUUUUUUGUUUUUGUUUGUUUUUUUAUAGUUUGAGCUUGCUGUUUUCUACACUACAGCUUUAAUAAAGUUUUUUCUACUUGA